CGGUUCAUUAAAACCUGUUUGAUAGAUCUUCCUAUACACAACACGUGAAACACGGUAUCAAAUAUCGGUGAUCGAUACUGAUCGCGUGACCGAUUGAUUAUUAUAAUAUCUAUCUUAGAAUUUGUAAUCAAUCGUUUACGUGAAGUGAACGUAAGCAAAAUAAAAGUUGAAAGAGAAAGUGAAGGAAGUGAUUGAGCUACAAAGAGAAAAGAAAAAAGGAACCGAUAUAUAAUCAUUUGCUAUGUGCAUGUAACGUAAGUACAUGGAUCAGAGUUGCUGACGGGAAUAUGUGUGAAAGGCGGAAUCAAAUACAAAGAAGUACACUGUAGAUAUAAUCCCCCGAGCUCUGAGAAGAUAACGAGACUCGAUAAACGGAGAUUCUUCUUUCUGCAUCAAGUUUGGUUCAGUGUUUCUGUAAUAGCCGUCCAGUAAACAGUAGUAUUCACAAUGGGUGAAAAAAACAAAGUGAUCAAUUUUGGAGCGGGACCAGCCAAACUUCCGGAAGAGGUGAUGAAACACGUGCAAAGCGAAUUACUUGCCUUCGGUGAUACUCGAGUCAGUAUUUUGGAACUGAGUCAUCGAUCGGCCGAAUUCAAAAACGUUAUUGAAGAUGCCCAAGCAACAUUACGAGAGAUAUUACAUGUCCCCGACAAUUAUAAAAUUUUAUUCAUGCAAGGCGGUGGAACGGGACUUUUUGCAGCUGUUCCUUUGAAUAUGAUGAAUACUGGUACUGCGGACUAUAUAGUAACUGGUUCUUGGUCAGCCAAGGCGGCAAAAGAGGCGGCUAAAUAUGGGAAAGUAAAUCUGGUUGUACCAAAAACAACGAAAUACACUGACAUUCCUGAUCCUUCGACCUGGAACUUGGACCCCAACGCAUCUUACGUUUAUUACUGUGCUAAUGAAACGGUUCAUGGAAUCGAGUUCAAUUACAUUCCUGAGACAAAUGGAGUACCACUAGUUGCGGACAUGUCGUCAAAUAUAGCCACGAGAAUUCUAGACAUUUCGAAAUUUGCAGUAAUCUUCGCUGGUGCUCAAAAAAAUAUUGGUCCAGCUGGAGUAACGCUAGUAAUAGUACGAGACGAUGUUCUUGGCCAUGCCAUGAAAGUCUGUCCCACAGUGCUGGAUUUUACUGUUAUGGCAGCUGAUAACUCCUUGCAUAAUACACCACCAGUAUUUCAAAUAUACACAGUUGGAUUAAUAUUAAAAUGGAUCAAAGAACACGACGGUGUUGAAAAUAUGGAAAAGUUGGCUAUCAUAAAGAGUCAGAAAAUAUACAAAGUAAUCAACGAGUCGAAAGGUUUUUACUCGUGUCCAGUUCAACCAAAUGUACGGAGUAGGAUGAACAUUCCAUUUAGAAUAGGAAACAACGAUGAGGAACUUGAGAAAGAAUUUCUUUCCGGCGCGUCCGCGCGCGGAAUGCUUCAGUUGAAAGGUCACAGAUCUGUAGGUGGAAUUCGAGCUACAAUGUAUAAUGCUAUUAGUGUAGAAGAGGCGGAGAAGCUAGCAGAAUAUAUGAAGUGGUUCUUUCAAAAACAUUAUAAUAAACAGUAGAAGAUUUACAACGUAAUUCGAUGCAAAUAUUAUUUUGUUGAAACAAAUUUGUGUAUAACGUAUAUUAAAUAUUUUUACAAAUUUU